AUGGUACUUGAAGGCAUACUCGAUGGUUUUUGCCCAGUGUUGGUAUUUAGUGAAAUACUUGAUGCAUUAUGGGGAUUAAAGAAUAACGGGUUCUUUGUACAACUAUUGGCUUCUGAUAAACUUACAGGGGAUAACUAUGCUACAUGGAAAUUGAAGCUAAACACUAUACUGGUGAUAGAUGACUUACAGUGCAUUUUAACAAAGGAGUGUCCUCCCAUUCCUAGCUCAAAUGCAAACCGAAAUGUUCGAGAUGCAUACGAUAGAUGGAUCAGAGCUAACGAAAAAGCUUGUGCAUAUAUCCUUGCCAGCAUAUCUGAUGUAUUGGCCAAGAAACAUGAGAGCAUGAGUAUUGCUAGGGGGAUUAUGGAAUCUCUGCAUAGGAUGUUUGGAUAA